AUGCAUUUCAUGUUAGAAAAUCAAAAAAAUAGAUAUUCAUUUAUUGAUAGUAGGUUGCUUGGUCAAGCUACUGACAGAUUCAAUGAUAGUAGGUUGCUUGGUAAUGGAAGUUAUGGUUCAGUAUUCCAAGGGACUCUCCAAGAUGGGAUGCUAAUUGCAGUAAAGGUCUUCAAGUUAGAGUUAGAAGGAGCUUUUAAGAGCUUUGAUGUUGAAUGUGAUGUUCUCCGCAACACUCGUCACAGAAAUUUAGUCAAAGUAAUAAGCAGUUGCUCUAAUGAUCUUAAUUUCAAAGCCUUGGUGCUUGAGUUCAUGGCUAAUGGGAGUCUUGAUAAAUGGGUGUAUUCCAACAACCAAUAUUUGGAUAUCUUACAAAGGUUGAACAUAAUGAUAGAUGUUGCAUCUGCAUUGGAAUAUCUCCAUCACGGAAAUGCAACACCCGUGGUUCACUGUGAUUUAAAACCCAACAAUGUUCUAUUAGAUGAAGAUAUGGUUGCUCAUUUGAGUGAUUUUGGCAUCACCAAACUCUCAUGUGAAGAGGUUUCAAUGAUACAAACCGUGACAAUGGCAACAUUUGGAUAUAUGGCACCAGAAUAUGGAAUCCAAGGAAUUGUUUUGACAAAAGAUGUUGUGUAUAGUUUUAGUAUUCUUUUGAUGGAAAUCAUCACAAGAAAAAAGCCCACAGAUGAAAUGUUUGAAGGAGAAAGAAGCUUGAAGAGUUGGGUGAUAGAUGUCGAAACCUCCUUUUAA